AUGAAAAUGGUAUCAAGGCCCUUGCUCUUGGGCCGCCACUCCGGCAGAUUACCGUUUCCACACUCUGGUCGAUUAUCAUCAUCAUGGCGAGAACCCCACCUUGCGCUUCGGACCUAUAUCAAACCCUCUUUCGCACCCAAGCCUAGCAUUGAUAUCAAGCACAUCCGACAGAACCCAGGACUAUACGAGCAGAAUUGCAUAGAUCGCAAUUAUGCUGCACACAGUAAAGCGUCAUGGCGAAUCGUCGAGCUGCACGAGCAAUGGCUGGCGCUCCAGCAGAGCAGCCGCAGCCUCCGCGAACGAAGCAACCAGCUACGGGCUCAGUUGGCCAAAGUCGCAACAAAACUAAAAGCCACAGAUGGCAAUACGGUAGUGCCCAACCAGGGAGCUAUCAUCACCAAAGCGCAGGAGACCAAGGCGGAACUAAAAGCCAUUGAAGCUCAAGAGACGCAGAUACAAGAGGAAAUGGAGGCUCUGGCGCAAGACUUGCCAAAUCUAAGCAGCGUACACACACCGCUCGGUACCGAUCCAGAAACACUUGGUUUUAUCAACGAGCACCGCAAACCGGACAGGUCACGUGCAGGGAAAUCCCAUGUCGACAUUGGCCAACAGCUGGGCAUACUAGACUUUGCCGCGUCGGCACACACAUCGGGGUGGGGAUGGUAUUUCCUGGUGGGUGACGGCGCAAUGCUGGAACAGGCGCUUGUACAGUACGCGCUGAGCGUGGCAAGAAGCAAGGGGUGGAAAGCAGUGGCACCGCCAUCGUUGGUAUACUCGCACGUUGCUUCGGCCUGUGGUUUCCAACCACGCGAUCAAAACGGAGAGCAGCAAAUCUACGCCAUCGAGCAGUCAGACAAGGACAAGGCGAAACCGCAGUUGGCUCUUGCUGGAACAGCAGAGAUACCGCUGGCUGGCAUGAAGGCACAUACCACUCUCGACCAAGCUGAACUACCACUCAAGACGGUGGGUGUGAGUCGAUGCUAUCGUGCGGAAGCAGGAGCACGAGGCGCCGAAACCAAGGGUCUGUAUAGGGUUCAUGAAUUCACCAAGGUGGAGAUGUUCGCCUGGACCUCACCCGACAACAUGGGCGAGGAUCACUUCAGCAGCGCCUCGGCCACCACCAGCUCGCAAGUCGUCUUGGACGAAAUGCUCUCGAUACAGAAAGAGAUUCUGAGUGCCCUUGGCUUACACUGCCGCAUCCUCGAGAUGCCCACGACAGACCUUGGUGCCAGUGCCACCAGAAAGCUAGAUAUCGAGGCCUUCUUCCCGUCUCGAGACAGGGACGAUGGAUGGGGCGAGGUCACUUCAACCAGUAUGUGUACGGACUAUCAGAGUCGACGACUACAGACGCGUAUGCGUGUCAAGGGGGGCAAGAUGUACUUUCCUCAUACGCUCAACGGUACCGCGCUCGCCGUUCCUCGGGUCAUCGCUGCUAUUCUGGAAAACCACUGGAACGAGGACGAGGGUUCUGUGACGAUUCCAGAGGUGCUGCGAUCCUACAUGGGUGGGCAAGACAAAAUCAAAUCAUAA